AUGGACGAUUUUUUCUCUGACAGCGACGGCGAGAAAGCGGUGGAGGAGCUACUUUCGCAGGCUAUGGACUCCACGGUGCUCGAGCAAGUGGCCGCAAUCAACUGCGCCGGGUUCACCGGCGCCGGCCUCCCCUCCCACCUCGAGACCCGCUUCCACCGCCUCAAGUCCCUCCCGCCGCCGGCCGCUCCGAAACCGCCAGCGUCCUUAUCGUCGAAAAGCUUCGACCUUUCGCGCCCGGCAGAGCCGGAACAACCCAGUACACACGAAGAAAAGAAGGUGCCCGCCACCCGUUCGACGAAAUUCCCAGAAGAAAAAAGUUCCCCACCCGACGCCGGAGGGAGCCCCUUUUCAUCCCUGGAAGAGAAUGGGAGAAAAAUGGAGAAAAGGGGGAGAAGGGAAUCGGUGUCCUCAUCUUCCUCUUCGUCGUUUUCCAGCCAGUCGGUCUCGCCUCCAGCGAAAGGCGGCUGCUUUAUGUGUUCCCCCAAGAAAAUUCCGUCAAGGAAGAAGAAGAACAAGGAGAACAGGGGUUUGGAUUUGGGGCUCGAUUGGGGGAAAAACGACGAUAAGCUUUUGUCCGACCUGAGUAAUUUUUCUGUGAAAAGUCAGAGGAAGAUGAUGAAGAAGGCCAUGGAGGAAGAGGAGAGGGUCUGCAGGGAAGCUGAGAAGAUUGUGAAUUGGGCUAAACAAGCUUCUGCAAGAAUGGAUGUUACAGGCAUUGAAGAUGAGCUAAGUGAUGAUGAAAAAUGGUAG